UAUCAUAUUUUUAUGAUCCAAAACUAAUAAAAAUCCAAGUACAAAACAAAAUGAAUAAUAAUAAGAAAUAUGAAAUGUAAACAGAAAUAGUUAAUAACCAAUUAACAAAUGUGAAUUUAUGAUCAAUAAUAUAAAAAAAUCGACUGGAGAAUACUUAAAUUUGUAAUAUAGCGAUGAACACCAAUGAAAAAUUUGAUAUUGAUAAGCCAUUAUGGGAUCAAUCUACGUAUAUUGGUAGAUUGAAACAUUUUGCUUUUAUUACUGAUUAUCGUAUGAUUUUUGUAAACGACCAAAAAUUGAAAGAAGCUAAACAAUUCUGUGAUAAUUAUAAAAGAGGCUUUGUACCUUCUGGAGUACAACUAUCUCAUGUUAUUCGUGCAAAACAACUUAGAGAUGGUGCAUUUGAUUCUGAGACUGGUGAAUUAAUACACCGAUUUUCUAGAUUGUCUUUUCAAUUACCUACUUCAGUCAUGCUUACAGCGUCGAUGUUAGCAUUUCAAAAAAAUUUUCCUGCUAUAAUGGCAUUUCAAAUAUUACAUCAAAUGCAUAAUGCUAUUAUAAAUGACAUAUACAGAAGUACACGAAAUAAUGAUGAUACAAAAAUGAAAAACGCUCUUUUAUGUGCUGUUAUAACAGGCUCCAUUGUGACUUUUUGUUGUAAGAAAAUACUCUCCGGAAAAGCACUUAUUUUUAAUAGGUGUUUGCCAUUUUGCGCAGUGGCUACAGGUCAUAUGAUAAAUUUACCACUUAUGCGUUAUAAAGAAAUCACAACAGGAAUUCCGAUAUAUAUGAAGGAUGAAACACAUUCUUUUAUGAAAUCUAAAGUAGCAGCUACAAAAGGCAUUUGCGAAUGUUUGAUUUCAAGAAUAGCUAUGUCCAUACCAUGCUUACUUUUCAUUCCUAUAAUAACUCAUAAAUUUAUGCCUUAUUGUUUGCAUCAACAUCGACCGCGGAUAUUAAUUCCAUUCGAAGCUUGUUUAUGUGCUAUAGGCUGCAUGAUUGCAAUUCCAUCUGCUUUUGCAAUUUUUCCCGAACGAAACUCCAUGAAUCCAAAUUUGAUGAAGUUGCGUCCAUCUGAGUAUGAAGAGUUUAAGAAAUGUGUGAAAGAAUAUAUAGAUAAAGUAUAUUAUAAUAAAGGAUUGUAA